ACAUGCAAACUUGUUUUGUAGAUUAAUGUGCGGGUGACCACCAUGGACGCAGAGCUGGAGUUUGCCAUCCAGCCCAACACCACUGGCAAACAGCUCUUUGACCAGGUGGUGAAGACGGUGGGGCUUCGAGAGGUCUGGUUCUUCGGACUGCAGUACGUGGACAGCAAGGGUUACAGCACGUGGCUGAAGCUUAAUAAAAAGGUGACAGCCCAGGACGUAAAGAAGGAGAACCCUCUGCAGUUUAAGUUCCGGGCCAAGUUCUUCCCUGAGGACGUGUCUGAGGAGCUGAUCCAGGAGAUCACACAGAGACUCUUCUUCCUGCAGACUGACACCAAAGAUCGGCUUCCCUUGGAGCGAGAUCCGAAACAUAUCCUUCAACGACAAGAAGUUUGUCAUCAAACCCAUCGACAAGAAAGCUCCAGACUUUGUGUUCUACGCGCCACGGUUGCGGAUCAACAAGCGUAUCCUGGCUCUGUGUAUGGGGAACCACGAGCUGUACAUGAGGAGGAGGAAGCCUGACACCAUCGAGGUUCAGCAGAUGAAGGCCCAGGCCAGAGAGGAGAAACACCACAAACAGCAGGAGAGAGCCCAGCUGGAGAACGAGAAGAAGAAACGAGAGCAUGCMGAGAAAGAGAAGGAGAGAAUAGAGCGAGAGAAGGACGAGCUGAUGAAGAGACUGAGGCUGAUCGAGAACCAGACGAUGAGGGCCCAGGAAGAGUUGGAGGAGCAGACACGCAGGGCCCUGGAGCUGGAGCAGGAGAGGAAGAGAGCCAGGGAGGAGGCGGAGAGGCUGGAGAGGGAGAGACAGGCAGCGGAGGAGGCCAAGGCAGAGCUGGCCAGGCAGGCCGCUGACCAGAUGAAGAACCAGGAACAGCUGGCCGCUGAGCUGGGCGAGUUCACCGCCAAAAUAGCCCUGCUGGAGGAAGCCAAGAGGAAAAAGGAAGAGGAGGCCACUGAAUGGCAGCAGAAGGCCAUCUCAGCCCAGGACGACCUGGAGAAGACCAAGGAGGAGCUGAAGACUGUGAUGACGAUCCCGUCGACACCAGCGGGCGGCUCCACGGAGAGCGAGCAUGAGGAGCAGGACGAGAACCACGCUGAGGACGCCGCCGAGCUCUCCCUGGAGGGUGUGAGUGCCCUGGACCUGCGCAGUGAGGAGGAGCGCGUCACCGAGGCCCAGAAGAACGAGCGCCUCAAGAAGCAGCUGCAGGUGUUGAGCUCGGAGCUGGCUGAAGCCAUAGACGAUACCAUGAAGACCCAGAAUGACAUGCUUCACGCGGAGAACGUGAAGGCCGGGAGAGACAAGUACAAGACCCUACGUCAGAUCCGCUUGGGCAACACCAAGCAGCGCAUCGACGAGUUUGAGUCCAUGUGAUCUGGUCUGGGUUCCCCCAUCCGUCCAUUGGCGACUCGCUUUUCGUCAAAGCAACAGGCGCUGUCCCUCCUACACUCCCCCCUUUUCCCCGUACCCAUACCCGCAAAGGUUCCAGAGGGCACGGCCGCCACCGCCUCAAACUUUGCCAAAGCUCUGCCCGCAUCUCCAUCAGGAAUCGGGCGCAAGCAACGCUUUGCACCGUUCCGAAAGUGGUAUUCUCCUUGUAUUGCAAAGAAUGCGUCUGUGCUUUGCUUUCAAAUAUCUAAUGUGGAGACACAAGAAAAACCAAAAUGGGAAAGAUUGGAUUUUUAAGCGAACAGGGCCAUGGGAAGCUUUGUUGUUCUUGCCAGAAAGCUAGUAUGCAAUGCUUAGUAUUACUGACUCGGUUGUCUUCAACUGAACGUAUUGAUGCUGUCUGGUACUUUCAAAACCUUUUUGAUUUUGUUCUGAUCUAUGGUUAUGACACGUUUUAUUGAAGCCCUGUUUGUUAAGUUCUCUGUUCUCAUUGUUAACUUUGAAGGUAGAUUGGUCCGAGGCUGGUAGAGGCUUGUGUUAGGGGCUCGAUCCAUUCAGUUAUGUUGUGAACAAUUUUCAAAACAUUUCAUUGUUUUAAAAGAAAUGAGCCUAUGGGUAACAGGGUUGACGUUUUAUACUCGACCCACUGUCUUCUACCACAAAAUGGCCAAAAAGAGUGGAACAAGCUCUCCUGCUUUUACACUAUGAUUUGACUAUUAGAUAUUCAAUGUUUUCUAUUGUAGAAAAAUACAUUUAGAAAGGAAUAUUUUCACCAUAUUAAAGUGAGAGUUCAGUUGUCGUAACAGGGUUGACCUUAAUGAGAGACCAGGUUUUUUUUGUAACCUUAAAAUGAAUCACUAAUCGCAUGAAAUAAAGUCUUCAGAAAUGACAACUAUUGCUUAACAAUGAUGGUGAAAAUCUGGAGAAAUUGAUGUUAACUGGGUUAAAGUCUCCCGGGAAGUCGGAGGCGAGUGACGAAUUUUGCCACUAAGUCUUUAUUCAUAUAAAAAUCAGAUUUAUUGAAUUUACCAUGUGGUCUAUAUUAAAGAGCACUUCAUUUGAAAAGAACAGGCUUUUAAAAUGUCUAUAUUGAUUCACCAUUUCUACUUAAAAUAUCAAAGGGAUGCAAAAGGAAGUCAUUUUGUGGAACGGCCCUACUAUCUAGACUCUGAGCAUCAGUGCAAAGCCACUACACCAGUCUUGAGGAGAGGUGUGAGGCUUGAUGUCAUACUGUUGUAGAGAAACACAUUUGGUCUGAGAUGAGCUGAUAGUAUGAUGGAGAUAAGCUAAUUGGUUAGGUGUGUGUGCGUCUGCGACAGACAGGUAGGAAGAGAGAGCGAAAGCUGUUAGUUUAGCUCCUGUGAGCUGACUCCUAAUGUUUCAUGUCCAGUCACCAUAGAUGGUUUCCUCUGCCUACCAACUCACAAAGGCCUGGAAAAGACAGAGAUGCUUAAGUGUUGUGAGAGUGCCAUUAUUGUCUGUCUGCAUAGUAGUAACUUUUGAAGAGGUAUACCAUGGUCUUUCUGGCUGGAGAGCCCAUGAAAACGUCAGUCCUCAUCGGAGAACAGAGCUCUACCUCAAUACUGUAACCAUGGUGACUGACCAAACAAACACUCGGUCUCAAAUCCCCUCCCACAGAUUGAGUUUUGACUGUGGCUUGACUAGUUCAGACUAGGAGGCGAUGUAGCUUUAUUGGUUAACAUUUCAACUGAAAUGAGUGCUAUUUUUAUGCCAGAUGUACUUUCAAGCGAUGACGCAUUGAAGUGUCACUAGUGGAGACAAUUGAUUAAAAAAUGAUAUUAAGUUUGGAGCUAGUUUUACAUGGUGGUCUCUUUGAGAUAUCUACCUUGUGUUACUACCUUCUGUUACUGAAGUUUCUCUGAACUGUAACUACACCUAAAUUAUACAGAAGAUCAAAGGUCACGCAAGCCAAUCCAACACUGAGGACACGGCUGUGAGUCUGUAGUGGACUGUUCUGAUACUGUGCAGUAGUAAGGUUGAGGACUGCAGUGACCCAGGCUGUGUAGACAGGGUGUCUGUCCUGUGGAGCUGGUUUGACUGGUUAUUGUUAAGUGCUGUUUGGACUCGGGACCUGCAUCUGCCGACAGCCAACUGGGGCCAGAAUAGGACCGUCAUGUUUCUCCUCUGCUGCUGGACAGAUCUGCUCACCAUUUUCUCUGCCACAGCUGUCAGCAGGAUGGAUGGAAACUCAAUGGCAGUGCCACCAUUUUAGGACUGUGAAGAGACAGACCAGUGCAGAUGUUAGAGGUGAAUGUGCCCCCCUAUUUAUACGCUCUCAUUAGAGGGACCCAGCCUCUUGGGGCMMCCCCCCCCCCCCCCCCCCAUCUCAAUCUUAUAAUUCUGCAGAUUUAAAUGUUAUGUUCAGUGGGAAUAGAGAACAGGCCAAUAAAAACAUUUUCAGACCUUGAUCUUUUCUCACACAACCUUUUUACUCACUCCAAAUCAAAUUAACUCCAGCUUUGUGGAUAAAUGUUACUGGUGCGUUUUGAAUGAACCCGAGUGUUCAGUUUUUUUUUAUUUGCAAUUGGAUGGAAUGUAUUAUGCUACACUAGACAGCUGGUUUAAGUUGAUCUUAAAGCCAGAGUUUUAAUAAAAUAAAGCACUUGUUUGGAUCCGGAGGACACUGAAGGGGCUUGACCCAAACCUGCCUUUUCGUUAACCCAGUGAGUGUCCAAAUAUAGGGGUUGUAUUUGCCAUAGCAGGUGAAAAAACUGUGCUUCCAACUUAUUUUUGUAAUGUGUUCCAAGAUCAAACUAUCUACCAGCAUGCAUCAGUAGCUCACUAGAGGUGAAAAGAACUCCUCUACAUGCCAGCAUCCCCCAUAUUUAGGGCAGGGUGCAUUGAGUUGGGCUUUUCCCAUUGGCUGAGCCUGUUAGCCCGCUUGUGUCGCCUCCAAUGAGAGCCGUGUCAGUGAUGCCUGUGUUGGAACCAGCUGUCACGUAUGCGGUUCAGUUUUUCCUUAUGUUCAUACUAGUGUUUCUGUAAGAUAAAGGCCCGGAUGGAGCUUAGUCCAUUGGUUUCACAAUAAAAGUUUCAAAUGAAGUUGCCUUUAUCUUUUUUAUAUUGUAUAUAUGUAACAAAUAUAGUAUUGGUUUAAAUGAUUGGUACCUCUGACACCAGUAAAAGUUAUGUUGAUAAGUGA